UUUCAGGAUAAACCCUUUGUUCGUGUCACUGGUGGUGCUACAAUACACAAUCUCUCACUAUUCUUAAAGAAAAAGCUACAAAUUGAAGACUCACAAAAGGUAUAUGAUCAAAUAGAAUUAAACCACAUAAGCCUAGAUGUUAUUUCAUUUUAAUAAUUUUAAUAAGUUGCUACUUUAACUACUAUUUCAAACGUUGAAAAAAUGUUUUUAAUCUACUAAAAAAAAUUGUAUACAAUCGUUAUUGUUAUAUUUGAAAAUUUAAACUAUUUAUUUUAUUAUUGGUUGCUUUUUUAAAUUGAUUGAUGUAUUUUAACUCUUGAAAUAUAUUUAUAUUGGCAGGUUGCUUUAUAUUGUCCAUGUCGGUCAGGAAUUGUGUGUUUAAAUAACAGCCAUACACUUAAGGCUGUUAAAGAUUUGUAUUGUCAUGAUAAAGUAAGCAAAGCUGUAUUUUGUUGUAAAAAUGGACUAUAGUUAUCAGUAAUCUUAAUUCAUUUUCUUUGGAGCAACUGAAAUAUACAUUUUAAUGCUGACAAAUUAUCUCCAAAAUUCUAGUAAACCAAAUGUCUUUGACUUCAAAUAGUCGAUCAUAUGUUACAUACAGUAACUUAACUAGAAUAAUUCUUUUUAAAUGAGAUUGAUUACUGCACAGUUCAUUUUCUUUUAUUUAUUUUCUCCAACAAUGUUGAUGAUAUGAUGUGAACAUUGAAAAAACCUUAAAAACUCCUACAAGCUACCCAUAUGAUGAUAAUUUAAUGGUUCAAGUGCUUAAUUAUACCUGCAUGCAUACUUUUUUUAUCUUGUAGCUUAUUACCAAAGUUAACACAAAUUAAAAUUUGUGGGGAACUGGAAAACAGAGUUUAACUCUAAGAAUCCCAAGUGGUAUUUCCACAGUUUUGCUAAGCACUUUCAGACACAGAACAAAAACAAGAUCACUGUUAAAAUUAAAUCUAUAUCCUGGCAUUAAAAUAAGAGAUCAAGUUUUUAUAUCAAUGGAAUGAAAAUUGAAAUUAUCUUUUACUAUAAAAUGAUUGAUACAAAUUUGGAAUAUACAAAAAAUUAUGUUGACAACGGCACAGACAAAAUAGAUAUAUAAAAAAAAAAUAAUUCACAAAUGUCAAAUUAUUAUAGGUUUAUUUUAACAAUUUUUCAACCAAAUAACAAAAUAAUUUCUACACAGACAGUAUAUUCAAUAAAUCUUCAAAUUUUCUUAGUUUGAUAAAAAAAUAAUUACUCUCGUUUUAGCAAAAUAUUUAACGGCUGAGUUAAUUUUCUAUAAAUACCAUCAAAUCACAUUUUCGUUUACCUGAGCCUAAUAUAAAUGUCAGACCUGAAGGGGAACAUAAUAUCAAUUCUUUUAGAUAUGUAAUCAAAAUUUUGAAGAAAAAAAAAUGAGUGCAUAAUUUAUUUAAAAAAUAAAAAUUGGAGUAAAAACAUCAGCAAAACACCACCAGUUUAUAAUUCAUCAAUUUCCAAAAAUCACUCCUAUCAUUGUCAGACUGAUAAUAAAUCUUAUGAAAAAUUAAAUUAAAUGGUUUUCAAAUUUUUUCGUAAAACACACUACAGGAUAAAAAAAUCAGAGCAAAGUUACAAUAAAUAUUAACCUAAUCUUAUUCUCAUUAUCCUUAGUAAAAUUUUCCCCUUUCACAAUGGUUUUAAAAUAAAAGAUCUUAAUGCCAGUUAAGAAUUAGGAUCAAUAUCAGGAUGAUAGGCUGUAGUUUAAUCAUAUUCAUUGACAGUUAUAUCUAUAGAUGUUCAUCCUGACUGCAACUAUGAUAUUAUCACAGUCUGUUAUCCAUGUAUACCAUGUCAGACCCGUUAACUCUUACCAUUUUGGUGUACAACUCUUACUAUUGUACACUGACACCUGUCAGAACUACGAUUUUACGAGACCGGGUGACUUUUACGAUAAAAAAAUUGAUUUAAAUUAAAAGUUUUCUUUCUAUUAGUUUUAGCUCCAAGUAAGAAAUAGACGAAUAGGUAGGUCCUUGAAAGUUCAAUCAAUAAAAAUGAAAUCGGCUGUAAAAACAAAACAGCUUACUGAAUCACAAAGCUAAAUGGCUCACCGGACAAAGUGAGGUGAAAACAACCUUUACACAGCUUCAGCAUUUUACAAAAUUAUCUUUAGAUCGUAAGCCCUUACAUUCGGCUUAUGGGAUAGAAACUCAGAAAGUAUGUAGAGUUGGCUUGUAGGAGUCAAAGAGUUAAGAACCCUUCCUCUGGAUAAUUUUUUUAAAAUGUUUGUAAAUAUCAUGAACUCUAUUUUCAUUUCAGGAAAUUUUAGAACUAAAUUAUGACAUCAGUCAAUGGUGAUAUUUUCUAUGGAAGUCAACUUGGAUGAGAAUUCAAAUCAGCCUAUUUUAUGAAGCUUCUACAAUCAUCUGAACUUGUUUUAAGUUGUAGAAAGCUGUAAUUAAAAUAUUUCUGUUGUUAUAUUUUCACAGUUUUAUUUAGGCAGCAUUUUGAUUAGACUUGUAAAUAAAUAAUUAAAUCAAAUAUGCAGCAGGCUGAUAUAUAUAAUUUAAGUUGAAAGCCAAUUUAGCUAUGUCUUUCAUUUUACAGUUUCAUUCCUUAUCAUAUUCAAAUAGUUUCCCUUCAGGAGCUUCAAAGAUGUUCUUUUUCAAACAUCUUUACAUUCCCCAACUAGGAUCUGUGAUCUUUCACUGGGGUAAUUUAUUGUGCUAGCAAGAAGUUUUUGUAAUUGUACUUUAAAUAAAGUAUGUUACAGAACAUACUUGGUUUGUGUUCAUAACACCUUUUUUUAAAAAUCAUUUGACAACUUUCAUUUUUUUUUUGCAAAGGGAUAUUGCAGACAGGCAGGUUUGUCGAGGCAGUCAUGUUCUGAAUCCCUUCGCAAACUUAUUUGUUUGAGCAUUAUAUAUUUUCCUCUUCCCCAAGAAUUGCCAACUCGCUGGGCUGAUGAGUCAGUUCCACCCACCCAUUGCAUUUGUGCCAGCAACCACCCGGCUAUGACGCAUGUGCCCUGCUAAACUACUAUAGAUUCACACGGCCCUUUCAAGAUAUGUUGAAAGGCCUAAGCUGUUGAUUUUUUAAAAAAAAAUUGUUUUAAUAUCAAAAAUGUUAUUUAAGUUUAUAUUAUUAUUAGUUUACGGUACUAAUUUGUACAGUCAUAGAUAUUUGGUCCUUAUUGUGAGGUCUAAUGCAAUAGUGAUGCCUCCUACUAAUUUUGUGCUUACAAAGUGUGUUUUGGCUGUUUAUAUUAAUUAAAAAGAAGAUGGUCAGACCGUAUAAUGUUUUGGUGGAUUAAAAGAUACACAUAGUUUACCAGUAUGUACACAAGUAUGGUAAAGAUUUAUUUAUGAUAAUCUUUUUGGCUGUUCUAUUAUG